AUGACAACCACCCAGCGUCAAAUCGAACUCCGUUACGACGCCGUUGACAUUGACCGCAAGUGGCAGGAAAAGUGGGAACGCGACGGCAUCUACCACGUGGAUGACAACGAUCCCCGGCCCAAGUGGUUCGAAAUGACGAUGUACCCCUACCCCUCGGGGGACUUGCACAUCGGCCACUGGUACGCCAUGGCUCCCGCCGACGCCCACGCCCGGUUCCGCCGGAUGCAAGGUUACAACGUCCUGCAUCCCAUAGGCUUCGACGCCUUCGGCCUCCCUGCCGAAAACGCCGCCAUCUCCCGAGGCAUUCAUCCCUACGAAUGGACGAUGUCUAACGUGGAGAAUAUGCGGAGACAACUGCGGUCGCUGGGCGCAAUCUACGACUGGGAUCGUGAAGUCGUUUGUUGCCUGCCCGAAUACUACCGCUGGAACCAGUGGUUCUUCAUCAAACUGUACGAACAGGGUCUGGCUUACCGUGCCAAUGCCCCCGUAGUGUGGUGCCCGUCCUGCCAAACCGUGCUGGCCAACGAACAGGUGCUCAACGGCGUCUGCGAGCGUUGCGACACCCCAAUCACCCGCCGCGACCUGGAGCAGUGGUUCCUGCGCAUCACCGACUACGCCGACGAACUGAUGAAUUUCGACACGCUGACCGACUGGCCCGACAAAAUCCUGACGAUGCAACGGAACUGGAUUGGCCGCAGCGAGGGUGUCGAAAUCAGUUUUGACAUCGCCGAACACGGCUUGGAUGAAACUGAAAUCCGCACUUUCACCACGCGUAUCGACACCAUCUUCGGCGUAACUUUUCUGGUGCUUGCUCCCGAACACCCACUGGUGAGCAAACUCACCUCCGAUGGCCGACGCGAGGAGGUUGAAAGUUACAUUGCGCAGGCCAGAGCAGCCUCGGAAAUAGACCGGAUGUCCACCGACAAGGACAAAUCCGGUGUGUUUAUCGGCGCAUACGCCCGCAACCGCCUCAACAACGAACGCGUGCCCAUCUACAUCGCCGACUACGUGCUGACCACCUACGGCACCGGUGCGGUCAUGGGUGUGCCCGCCCACGAUUCCCGCGACCUCGCCUUUGCCCGCAAGUAUCGCCUGCCCGUUCGCACCGUCAUCGCACCCAUCCAUUGGGACGGCCGGGAGCCGGAGGAAGCCUACGUCGGCGAAGGCUUUAUGACCAACUCAGGCGCCUACGACGGCAUGACCGAGGAGGAAGGCAUGCGGGCGAUCGCUGACGAUGUGGAAAAGCGCGGCUGGGGCAAACGCUCCGUCACCUACCGCCUCCGCGACUGGCUCAUCUCCCGACAACGCUACUGGGGUACCCCCAUCCCCAUGGUGUACUGCGACGCGUGCGGAGUCUCCCCGGUGACUGAAGCAGACCUGCCCGUGCUGCUUCCGGAAGAUGCCGAAUUUCGGCCCACCGGUGAAUCGCCACUCGCCAUUAACGAUGCGUUCGUAAAAACGGUGUGCCCCCAAUGCGGCGGCCCCGGCCGAAGGGAAACCGACACCAUGGACACCUUCAUGGAUUCGGCCUGGUAUAUGCUCCGGUAUUGCAGCCCGAAUUUCAGCUCCGGCCCGUUUGAGCCAGACGUCACUGCAAACUGGAUGCCGGUCAAGCAAUACACCGGCGGCGCCGAGCACGCGGUAAUGCACCUUUUGUACAGCCGGUUCUUCAUCAAGGCCCUGCGCGAUAUGGAUAUGCUCAACAUCGACGAGCCGUUCCUCCGAUUUGUUCAAUCAGGGUGUGAUUCUCGGUCAAGACCACGAGAAGAUGAGCAAGAGCCGUGGCAAUGUGGUCAACCCUGA